AUGUCUUACAAUCACAACGAUCCUUACCAGGAUCAAGGUGAAAUUCCUAGGGACGGGUACGAUCAACAACAGUACGAUGAAUAUGGGCAACCAAUCUACGGCCAAGACCAAUACUACCCAGAAGAUCAAGGUUACUACGACCAAUCUGGUGAGUAUUAUCAACAAAACGCACAAGGCGACAUUUCUGGUGCCCCAGACUCUGGUGCUUACCAUGAUCAAGGCUACUACGAUCAACCUCGUGGCAUGGGUCAAGAUCCAGAAAACUUUUCUGACUUCAGCUAUGCGCCACCUGGCACUCCUGGCACUCCAGGCGGAUACGACAGCUACGGAGGUGGUUCCGGUAACGGUUACGCUCAGUACACACCAUCUCAGAUGAGUUAUGGUGAUCCAAGAUCAUCCGGUGCUUCCACUCCUAUUUACGGCGGUGAGGGCUUCGACCCAUCUGCCGUUGCCAUGGCUUUGCCUACAGAACCAUACCCAGCUUGGACAGCUGAUACUCAAACCCCAGUAACGGCUAGUGAAAUCGAAGAUGUGUUCAUCGACUUGACCAACAAGUUUGGUUUCCAAAGAGACUCGAUGAGAAACAUGUUUGACCAUUUCAUGACCCUUUUGGAUUCAAGAGCUUCAAGAAUGUCUCCUCAACAAGCUUUGCUUUCAUUGCACGCAGAUUAUAUCGGAAGUGAUAGUGCAAACUACAAAAAGUGGUACUUUGCUGCCCAACUAGAUAUGGAUGAUGAGAUCGGUUUCCGUAACAUGAGUCUUGGUAAAUUGUCCAGAAAGGCUAGAAAGGCAAGAAAGAAGAACAAGAAGGCAAUGGAAGAGGCAACCCAAUCGGAGAACCCAGAGAGCGCUUUGGAUCAAAUAGAAGGUGACAACUCCUUAGAAGCCGCCGAUUUCAGAUGGAAGGCCAAGAUGAACAAACUGUCGCCAAUCGAAAGAGUCCGUCAAAUAGCUUUAUACCUCUUGCUAUGGGGUGAAGCUAACCAAGUCAGAUUUACUCCAGAAUGUUUAUGUUUCAUCUACAAGUGUGCUUCUGACUACCUGGAUUCUCCAUUGUGCCAGAACCGUCAAGAUCCAAUUCCAGAAGGUGACUUCUUGAACAGAGUCAUCACUCCAAUUUACAGAUUUAUCAGAUCUCAAGUCUACGAAGUUCAAGAUGGUCGUUACGUUAAGCGUGAAAAGGAUCAUAACAAGAUCAUUGGUUACGACGAUGUAAAUCAGUUGUUUUGGUACCCUGAAGGUAUAGCCAAGGUGGUCUUGGAGGACAAUACUCGUUUGAUCGAUUUGCCCGCUGAAGAACGUUAUUUGAGAUUAGGUGAUGUUAUUUGGGAUGACGUUUUCUUCAAGACUUACAAAGAAACGCGUUCUUGGUUCCAUUUGGUCACCAAUUUCAACCGUAUCUGGGUUAUUCACGCUACCGUAUACUGGAUGUAUACCGCUUACAACGCGCCAACCUUGUACACACAUAACUAUCAACAACUUGUGAACAAUAAGCCAUUGGCCGCUUACCGUUGGGCUUCAUGUGCUUUGGCAGGUUCUCUUGCCUCAAUUAUUCAAAUCGUUGCUACUAUUGCGGAAUGGUUCUUUGUCCCAAGAAAUUGGGCUGGUGCUCAACAUUUAUCUCGUCGUUUCUGGUUUUUGGUUUUAAUUCUUGCAGUUAAUUUAGGUCCAAUCAUCUUUGUGUUCGCUUACGAUCCUUUGACCGUUUACUCCAAGGCUGCCUUAGUUGUGUCUAUUGUCAUGUUCUUUGUAUCGUUGGCUACCGUUCUUUUCUUCUCUGUCAUGCCAUUGGGUGGGUUAUUCACUUCCUACAUGAAGAAAUCCACAAGAAAGUACGUCGCUUCUCAAACAUUCACUGCAUCCUUUUAUCAAUUGGAAGGUCUUGAUAUGUGGAUGUCCUACUUAAUGUGGACUACAGUUUUCGCAGCUAAGUAUGCAGAAUCCUACUUCUUCUUGACUCUAUCGUUGAGAGAUCCAAUCAGAAUUUUGUCUACUACAGUUAUGAGAUGUACUGGUGACUACGGUUACAAAGAUAAGCUUUGUCGUCAACAACCAAAGAUUGUCUUGGGUUUAAUGAUUGCCACCGAUUUGAUUCUUUUCUUCCUUGAUUCUUACAUGUGGUACAUUAUCUGUAACACUGUCUUCUCUGUCGGUAGAUCCUUCUACUUAGGUAUCUCCAUUUUGACUCCAUGGAGAAACAUUUUCACAAGAUUGCCAAAGAGAAUUUACUCCAAGAUUUUGGCAACUACCGACAUGGAAAUCAAGUACAAACCAAAGGUCCUCAUCUCUCAAGUGUGGAAUGCUAUCGUUAUCUCCAUGUACAGAGAACAUUUAUUGGCCAUUGAUCACGUUCAAAAGUUGUUAUAUCACCAAGUCCCAUCUGAAAUUGAAGGUAAGAGAACUCUAAGAGCUCCAACUUUCUUCGUUUCUCAAGAUGAUAACAACUUCGAAACUGAAUUUUUCCCAAGAAAUUCUGAAGCUGAACGUCGUAUCUCUUUCUUUGCUCAAUCUUUGGCUACGCCUAUUCCUGAACCAUUACCAGUUGACAACAUGCCUACUUUCACCGUCUUGACUCCUCAUUACUCUGAAAGAAUCUUGUUAUCUUUGAGAGAAAUUAUCCGUGAAGAUGACCAAUUCUCAAGAGUUACUUUGUUGGAAUACUUGAAGCAAUUGCAUCCUGUUGAAUGGGAUUGUUUCGUUAAGGACACUAAAAUUUUGGCCGAAGAAACUGCUGCAUUUGAAGGAAAUGAUGAAGAAGAUUCCGAGAAGGAAGGUGGCAUGAAAUCUCAAAUUGAUGAUUUGCCAUUCUACUGUAUUGGUUUCAAGUCUGCUGCCCCAGAAUACACUCUACGUACUCGUAUUUGGGCUUCCUUGAGAUCUCAAACUUUGUACCGUACUGUUUCAGGUUUCAUGAAUUACGCUCGUGCUAUAAAGUUGUUGUACCGUGUUGAAAAUCCCGAAAUUGUUCAAAUGUUUGGUGGUGACACUGAAGGUUUGGAAAGAGAGUUGGAAAGAAUGGCUAGAAGAAAGUUCAAGUUUUUGGUUUCUAUGCAAAGACUGGCUAAGUUCAAGCCUCAUGAAUUGGAAAACGCUGAAUUCUUGCUAAGAGCUUAUCCUGACUUGCAAAUUGCCUAUCUAGAUGAAGAACCUCCAUUGAAUGAAGGUGACGAACCAAGAAUUUACUCUGCUUUGAUUGACGGUUACUGUGAAAUUAUGGAAAAUGGUCGUAGACGUCCUAAGUUUAGAGUUCAGUUGUCUGGUAACCCUAUUUUGGGUGAUGGUAAGUCUGAUAACCAGAAUCAUGCUUUGAUCUUCUACAGAGGUGAAUAUAUUCAAUUGAUCGAUGCCAACCAAGAUAACUACUUGGAAGAAUGUUUGAAGAUUAGAUCCGUGCUAGCUGAAUUUGAAGAGUUGAACGUUGAACAAGUUAAUCCAUACGCCCCAGGUUUGAAAUAUGAGGAUCAAAACAACAACCAUCCAGUGGCUAUUGUUGGUGCUCGUGAAUACAUUUUCUCUGAAAACUCUGGUGUCUUAGGUGAUGUCGCUGCAGGUAAGGAACAGACAUUCGGUACUUUGUUCGCACGUACGCUAGCUCAAAUUGGUGGUAAGUUACAUUAUGGUCAUCCGGAUUUCAUCAAUGCAACCUACAUGACUACCAGAGGUGGUGUUUCAAAGGCUCAAAAGGGUUUGCAUUUGAACGAAGAUAUUUAUGCUGGUAUGAAUGCUAUGCUUCGUGGUGGUCGUAUUAAGCACUGUGAGUAUUAUCAAUGUGGUAAGGGUAGAGAUUUAGGUUUCGGUACAAUUUUGAAUUUCACAACUAAGAUUGGUGCUGGUAUGGGUGAACAAAUGUUGUCCCGUGAAUACUACUACUUGGGUACACAAUUGCCACUUGACCGUUUCUUGUCGUUCUACUAUGCCCAUCCUGGUUUCCAUUUGAAUAACUUGUUCAUUCAAUUAUCUUUGCAAAUGUUUAUGUUAACUUUGGUUAACAUGAGUGCAUUGGCAAAUCAAUCUGUCCUCUGUAUUUACAACAAGUACAAACCAAUUACAGAUGUCUUGUACCCAAUUGGUUGUUACAACUUCAUGCCUGUUAUUGAUUGGGUGAGACGUUACACUCUAUCCAUUUUCAUUGUUUUCUUCAUCGCUUUCAUCCCAAUUGUUGUCCAAGAAUUGAUUGAACGUGGUAUCUGGAAAGCUACUCAAAGAUUCUUCCGUCACUUAUUGUCUCUGUCUCCAAUGUUCGAAGUUUUCACUGGUCAAAUUUAUUCUGCUUCUUUGUUGAGUGAUUUAACUAUCGGUGGUGCUCGUUAUAUUUCCACUGGUCGUGGUUUCGCCACUUCUCGUAUUCCAUUCUCAAUUCUUUACUCUAGAUUUGCUGGUUCAGCAAUUUACAUGGGUGCCAGAUCUAUGUUAAUGUUGUUAUUCGGUACUGUUGCCCACUGGCAAGCUGCUCUACUAUGGUUCUGGGCCUCUUUGUCCGCUUUGAUGUUCUCUCCAUUUAUCUUUAACCCACACCAAUUUUCGUGGCAAGAUUUCUUCUUGGAUUACAGAGAUUUCAUCAGAUGGUUGUCCAGAGGUAACAAUAAGUACCAUAAGAACUCUUGGAUUGGUUACAUCAGAAUGUCUAGAUCUCGUAUUACCGGUUUCAAGCGUAAACUGAUUGGUGAUGAAUCCGAAAGGGCUGCUGGUGAUGCUGCAAGAGCACACAGAUCAAACAUGGUUUUCGCUGAGGUCAUUCCAUGUGUAAUUUACGCUGCUGGUUGUUUCACUGCCCACUCUUUCAUCAAUGCUCAAACAGGUGUUAAGAAUGCUGCUAUUAUUAACUCAUGGUUACGUAUCGUCAUCUGUACUUUGGGUCCAAUUGUCAUCAACAUGGGUGUUUUAGGAUUCUGCUUAAUGAUGUCUUGUUGUUCAGGUCCACUAUUGGGAAUGUGUUGCAAGAAGACCGGUUCAGUUAUGGCUGGUAUUGCUCAUGGUAUUGCUGUCAUCGUUCACAUUGUUUUCUUCAUAAUCAUGUGGGUUUUGGAAGGUUUCAACUUCACCAAGAUGUUGAUUGGUGUGAUUACUUCGAUGCAAUGUCAAAGAUUGAUCUUCAAGCUAAUGACUUUAUUCAUGUUGACUCGUGAAUUCAAGAACGAUCACUCUAACACUGCAUUCUGGACUGGUAAGUGGUACAACACUGGGUUAGGUUACAUGGCAUGGACUCAACCUUCAAGAGAAUUCGUUGCUAAGAUUGUUGAACUUUCUAACUUUGCAGCUGAUUUCGUUUUGGGCCACGUUCUAUUAUUCUGUCAAUUGCCUAUCUUAUGUUUCCCAAUGGCCGAUAAAUUCCAUUCUAUCAUGUUGUUCUGGUUGAAGCCAUCUCGUCAAAUUCGUCCACCUAUCUACUCGCUGAAGCAAACCCGUCUACGUAAGCGGAUGAUCAGAAAAUACUGUAGUCUCUACUUCUUAGUUUUGAUCGUCUUUGCCGCAUGUAUCGUCGGUCCAGCUGUUGCUGCUUCAAGAGUGGACUUGCAGAAAAUCUCUGACAAUGUUGACAAGAGUGGUAACGAAAUUUUCCAUGGUUUGAUUCAACCAAGAAGACAAAAGAACAACGAUACUGGUCAUGGUAUGUCUACAUACAAGGGCCACUUCUUCACCAAGACACCAUCUAUAGCCCCUUGGUCUACCAAGGCUUAA